AUGAAGUUCUCUGCCAUCCUUCCCCUCGGUUUCGCUGCUCUUGCCGCCGCUGCUGACUCUUCCCGCACUGUCACCGUCGCUGUCACUGCUAACGGUGCCACUUACACUAAGACCAGAACUGAGAAGUUGACCGGUCAGGCUACCACCACCCCAACUUCCGGUACCUACACCACCACCAUUGUCAUUGAGGGCGACGACGCCACCUACACCAAGACUGCCACCGAGACCUACGGUUUGGAGUCUGUUUCCACCACACACUUGACUGUUGAGCAGGAUUCUGCUACCUACACCAAGACCCUUUCCUCGACUGUGCCAAACAGCUCUGCCAUUGCGUCUGCUUCUUCUGAGGCUUCUCUGGUUGAGUCUGAAAACAGCUCUUCCUCCUCUGACGGCGCUGCUGGUAACUUUGUCGCUGUGGGUGGUGUUGCUGCUGCUGCCGCUGCUUUGCUUUUGUAA